AUGCUUUUUGAUUGGUUGUUGAAUGAAGCCCCAACUCUGCUGCAGUUGCACAAGUGGGAACCUUCUCAAUUGCAACUCAAGCUAUCAGAAUUUCGUGAGGCUUUUAUUUCUCCGUCGAGGCAGAAGUUGUUAUUACUCUCGCAUCACUCUGAAGCUUUACUGCUUCCUCUGAUUACAGGCAGUGAGGUUUCGGAAAGCUGUCGUAAUGAAGAGUCGAAUAGUCCUACAUGCUCUCCGUCCGCUUCAACUGGUGGGUCAGACCGAGAGAAUAUUGCAUCUCCUUCUGGAUCAGGAGUUGGUUCUGGUGUAGAUAAUUGCAGUUCUAGUUGCAAUAGUUUUCCUUUUAUUUUUGAUGCAAAGUCUGUUACUUGGGGUACUUGUGGGGAUACCUACAAUCGGCAUAAAGAUCCUUUGUUUAGGGAAUUGUUGUUUGUAUCUGGAAAUCAUGGUGUUACGGUCCAUGCUUUUUGCCGUUUCAAAGAUUCAAGUGACAGAGCCAAAGACAAACCAAAUGGUGAGCUGAGGCAUGGGAAGUGGGUUGAAUGGGGACCUUCUAGGCUAAAUCAGAAAUCAGAACACGAACGAGUCUCUUCUUUUGAUGGUUCAAAGCAGUGGAUGCAAUCUUUUUUAGUUGAUGUGGAAACCACUGAGAUCGAGGGUAUAAGACAGUCAAGGUUCCCUGAGAAGUCAGUGUUUCCUGGUUCUGCAGAGGUUGUUUCAUUCAGCAUAUUUGAUGGUGAUUUACCUUUCUCGAAUCUUCUUGUCCAAGACAAUUCCAUACUUCAGAAGGGUAAUAUGCCUGAGGAAGGGAAUGUCGACAGUUUUCUCAUAGCUUCAGAUGAAAAAUCUCGAGCUGAUAUACCAAUAGAAAAUGCCAAUGUAAACAGUUUGUACAGGUGCACCAAAGUUUUCUCCAGCGAUUCACAUUUUCUUAUCGGGUUUCUUAUGGAGUUAUCUAAACUUACAAGCAAUGAAAAUGAAAGAAGCAACGGUAAGAGCGUUAUCUUUGUUGCCCAGCUGUUUAGCUGGGGGAUGGAAUGGGUUUCCCUUGUGAAGUUUGGGGAAUCGAGUAUUGGACCUACAAUCGAGUGGGCAGAUUUCCGGCUAUCUGAUAAAUUUGUUAUCUGCCUCAGUGUUUCUGGUCUAAUCUUUCUAUAUGAUGUGAAAUCUGGGGAUUGUUUUGCUCAUCAGGAUAUUUUACAGACAUGUGGUCGUGGAUUGCAUUCUUCAUCUGAUAUGCAAGAAGCAACUGCAGAGUCUGAUCAACGAAGUGAUUGUCAAAGUCUUGCUCCAUCCAUGCCUGAGUCUCACAUUGUUGGUUCAGCAGACAGAAGAAAGUUUAGAAAGCUUAUUGUGGCUUCUCAUACAUCACUCAUAGCUGCAGUUGACGAAAAUGGUUUGGUAUAUGUGUUAUCUGUUGAUGACUUUGUUUCCAAGGAAUACCACAUGUCAGUGGAAUCUAUUCCUUAUUUACGUCAUUUUGGGCUUGGAACUCUGGUUGGGUGGAAAAUCGGUGGCAUGGACAUUGGGCAGCAAAAAGUGCACCACCCUAACUGCUCUGGCUCUCGAGGCGAAGAUGCUUUAUCCAGGUGUGAUCUUGGCUUUGCUGGUUCUGAUAUUUUAAUGUCUGAUCCAUGUUUGGAAAGACAACAUAGCAAUUUUGAUCGAAGAGCUGGUUACUCUGGUUCAUGGCUGAGUGGUUUUUCUGGUCAGCCUAAAACAAAUGUUCUGAGGCGUGAAAACUUCCAAAGAGACUCCCAUGUCACACGGAAGACGUUUCUAUCCACCGAAAAAUUAGGAUUGGAUGAUAGUAUAUGUUUUUCUCCAUUGGGAUUCAUUCAUUUCUCUAGAAAGCACACCAAAAAGGAAGAUCAAAGUUGUAAGAUUUUUCAUUAUAGUCUGCAGACGCAUAUAACUGCAAGAGAUGAUAGUUAUUUGAAUUACGAUGACAACAAGAUUUCUAUUCAAGGCGCGAAAGAAAUUUUCACAGGAGAAUCAGUUGGUUGCUCUUUCCAAGGAUUUCUUUAUUUGGUGACUUGUAGUGGUCUUUCAGUUUUUCUCCCUUCCAUCUCAAUAACCUUGAAUUACCCAACUGUUGAGGCCAUUGAAUAUCUGCAACCACCCCAAACCACUGUCGUGGGAUGCCAGGGAAGAGGCGAUUUGAGAACAGGGGAAUUACGUUUUCCUUGGCAAGUUGAGGUCAUAGAUAGAGUUAUCUUGUUUGAAGGCCCUGAAGCUGCAGAUCGUUUGUGCUUGGAAAAUGGUUGGGACCCAAAAAUUGCUCGUUUACGCCGACUGCAAAUGGCGUUGGACUACUUAAAAUAUGAUGACAUCAACGAGUCUUUGGAGAUGCUUGGUAAUGUGAACCUGGCAGAAGAAGGCAUGCUAAGGGUUCUCUUUUCUGCUGUGUAUCUGUUGUCGCGCAAGAAUAGAAACGAUAAUGAGAUUUCUGCUGUAUCUAGGCUCCUUGCAUUGGCUGCAAGGUUUGCGACUGAGAUGAUUCGCAUAUAUGGGUUACUUGAAUAUCAGAAAGAUGGAUACAUGUUGGACAGCAAACCUAAGACACAAAUACUUUCACUUCCGCCAAUUUCACUGCAUAGCGAUGUAAUUGAAAAUUCAAGGAGGUUGUCAGAGAUGGGUUAUCUUUUGGAGAUCACCCGGAACUUUCAGUCCCGUAUUUCCAGAAAAUUUAAGAAGCUAGGAAAGGGAAAGAAUGAGAAGUCGUUGAACCUGGUAGACCCAAAUUCUUUGCAGGAUGAUUCUCAGCUUGAAGUUGUUCCAGACGCAGCAUCUGCGGAGUCAAGACAAGUUGACACAUAUACAUUCGAUACCGAUGAGGAGCUUGCUUUGACGCCUAUGGGUAUGAUGACAGCCAAAGCUGGUCAGCUCAUUGACGAAAUAAAUAGGGUACCCCAAGGGGUAGUUGCAGAGAAGAAAGUUCUUCCUCUUGAAAAUCCCAAGGAGAUGAUGGCUCGUUGGAAGACUAAUAAUUUGGAUUUGAAAACGGUGGUUAAGGAUGCCUUGCUCUCCGGUAGACUCCCUUUAGCUGUUCUUCAAUUGCAUCUUCAACAUUCUAAAGACGUGGUUGAAAAUGGAGAGCAUCAUGAUACAUUUACUGAAGUUCGUGAUAUUGGAAGAGCUAUUGCUUAUGACCUAUUUAUGAAGGGCGAACCUGGGGUUGCCAUUGCAACUCUACAAAGGCUCGGAGAGGAUGUUGAAGCGUGUCUCAAUCAGUUGGUAUUUGGCACAGUGAGGAGAUCUCUUCGAUAUCAAAUUGCUGAAGAAAUGAGAAAACAUGGUUUCUUAAGACCAUAUGAAGACAAUGUGCUGGAGAGAAUAUCUCUUAUCGAGAGGCUGUAUCCUAGCAGCCACUUUUGGGAAACAUAUCUUGCUCGUCGAAAGGAACUCCUGAAAGCUACAGUACCUUUUGACUCCAGUAGAAUUAGCUUGCACCUUGGGGGGUCGUCUUUGUUCCAGGAUCUCGAGAUUGAGUGUGGUGAGGUUGAUGGUGUUGUUCUAGGUUCUUGGACAAAAAUCAAUGAGAGUGCAUCUGAGCAUGCACCUGAUGAAACCGAUGCAAUUGCUGGCUACUGGGCUGCAGCAGCUGUGUGGUCAAAUGCUUGGGAUCAGAGAACAUUUGAUCAUAUAGUCUUGGAUCAGCCUUUACUCAUGGGUGUUCAUGUUCCAUGGGAUUCCCAGCUGGAGUAUUAUAUGUGUCACAAUGAUUGGGAUGAAGUCCUUAAGCUGUUGGAUGUCAUUCCUGAGGAUCUUUUAUAUGAUGGAAGUUUACAAAUUGCUUUGGAUGGUCCAAAGCAGUCUUCUGGUGUAAAUCAUUCAGUUUCUUCCCGUAGCGAGUAUAUAUGCUCCAUCGAAGAAGUGGAUGCUGUACUUAUGGAUGUUCCUUAUAUCAAGAUAUUUAGGUUGCCUGGAGAUAUCCGGUGCUCCAUGUGGCUAACAACACUUAUGGAGCAGGAACUUGCAAGAAACCUUAUAUUUUUUAAAGAAUAUUGGGAGAACGCUCUAGAUGUAGUAUAUCUUCUGGCUCGGGCAAGUGUCAUCCUUGGUAAUUGCGAAGUUUCGUUUAAGGAGGAAUCUUCUAGGCCAUCCCUAGAUCUUUGUUUGUCCAGAAAGGAUCGAGGAGCAAAUGUUGAUACCCUGAAUGCUGUACACAAGCUAUUCAUACAUUAUUGCACACAAUAUAAUCUGCCAAACCUUCUGGAUCUGUACCUUGAUCAUCACGAAUUGGUCCUAGAUAAUAAUUCACUCAGUUCAUUGCAGGAAGCUGUUGGUGAUUCUCACUGGGCAAAAUGGUUGCUGCUCUCCAGGGUCAAGGGCCGGGAGUAUGAUGCUUCAUUUUCAAACGCACGCUCAAUUAUGUCAUGUGAGGCGACACCAAAUGGUGAACUCAGUGUUCCAGAUAUUUAUGAAAUUGUUAGUACUGUUGAUGAUAUUGCCGAAGGGGCAGGAGAAAUGGCAGCUUUAGCAACUAUGAUGUGUGCUCCGGUGCCAAUUCAAAAUUCCUUGAGUACUGGCAGUGUGAACAGGCACAGUAACUCUUCUGCGCAGUGCACAUUGGAAAAUUUGAGAUCAUUUCUUCAGAGAUUCCCCACCUUAUGGAGUAAUCUUGUUACUGCUUGUAUUGGAGAAGAUAUUUCUGGUAACCUUUUGCGGACCAAGGCUAAGAAUGCGUUGUCAGAGUAUCUGAAUUGGCGUGACGGUGUAUUCUUCUCAACCGCACGGGAUACCUCACUCCUGCAGAUGUUGGCUUGUUGGUUUCCUAAAGCGGUUCGUAGAUUAGUUCAGCUUUAUAUCCAGGGACCUCUUGGAUGGCUGUCUCUCUCAGGAUAUCCUACAGGGGAAUAUCUACUGCACAGAGGUGUUGAGUUCUUUAUAAAUGUGGACGAUUCGACUGAGAUAAGUGCCAUAUCUUGGGAAGCAAUCAUCCACAAGCACAUCGAAGAGGAACUUCAUCACAAAAAAACUGAGGGAACUGAGCUUGGACUUGACCACUUCCUGCACCGUGGACGGCCACUCGCAGCUUUUAAUGCUUUCCUUGAACAUAGAGUUGAAAAGCUGAAGCUGGAAGAUCAGUCUGGCUCUUCUAUACACGGACAAAGAAAUAUGCAGUCAGAUGUUCCGAUCCUACUUACACCUCUGACACAGAAUGAUGAGUCACUUCUUUCAUCUGUCAUACCACUUGCUAUCACACAUUUUGAGGAUUCUGUGUUGGUGGCUUCGUGUGCUUUCCUUCUUGAGCUUUGUGGUUUGUCUGCCAGCAUGCUUCGGAUAGACGUGGCAUCCUUGAGAAGGAUAUCAUCCUUGUAUAAGUCAAAUGAUAGCGCGGAUAUGGCAAGACAAAAAUCACUUAAGGGUUCUAUGUUUCAUGCGGUAUCUAGUGACGGUGAUCUAAUGGGGUCACUAGCUAGGGCCCUUGCUAACGAAUAUGCUUAUCCUGAUAUUUCAAGUGUCUCUAAGCAAAAACGUACUCCAAACAGUAUUUCUGGUACUCAACCCAGUCUUCCGCUAAUGCUUGUUCUUCAUCAUCUGGAACAAGCUAGUCUUCCAGAGAUCGGAGUAGAUAGAAAAACAAGUGGAUACUGGCUGUUUACAGGAGAUGGUGAUGGGUCUGAACUGCGGUCUCAGCAGACAUCUGCUAGCUUGCAUUGGAGUUUAGUUACUCUUUUCUGUCAGAUGCAUAAGAUUCCUCUGAGCACGAAAUACCUUGCCAUGCUAGCAAGAGACAAUGAUUGGGUUGGAUUCUUAUCUGAGGCGCAGCUUGGAGGAUACCCAUUUGAUACGGUGCUCAGUGUGGCAUCAAAUGAGUUUGCUGAUCAACGUUUAAAAGCUCACAUACUGACCGUUUUGAGAUAUGCCAACACAAAAAAGAAAGCUACCAUUUCGUACUCAGAUGACACAAGCAGAGGUUUCACAAGUUCCUUUGCAGAGGAUGGAGCUUAUGUCUCUGCUGAACUCUUUCGCAUUUUGGCUUACUCUGAGAAGCUAAAGAAUCCUGGGGGCUACCUUUUAUCGAAAGCUAAGGAGCUAUCAUGGUCUAUUUUGGCUCUCAUAGCAUCAUGCUUUCCAGAUGUUGCUCCCAUAUCAUGCCUAACAAUUUGGUUGGAAAUUACCGCAGCCAGGGAAACGUCGUCUAUAAAGGUGAACGAUAUAACCACGAAAAUAGCAGAAAAUGUAGCAGCAGCCGUUCUAUCUACAAAUUCAUUGCCAACGGAUGCUAGAGGUGUCCAGGUUCAUUACAAUAGGAGGAAUCCUAAACGAAGACGACUUAUUGCACAUUCAUCCAUGGAUUCAUGGGCUUCAGCUAAUAGUUUAAGUACCUCUGCUGGUAAAACUUGUUCUCACAGAACAGAAGCUGCAGAAGAUGAAAAAGCUGAAGAUAUCAGUGUUACUGAUGAUUCGCCCGAUGAGCAUGCGUCUCUUUUAAAAAUGGUUGCAGUGCUUUGUGAACAACGCUUGUUUCUUCCUCUGCUAAAAGCUUUUGAAUUGUUCCUCCCUUCCUGCUCUUUACUGCCAUUUGUCCGUGCUCUUCAGGCAUUUUCUCAAAUGCGCCUGUCUGAAGCUUCAGCACAUCUGGGUUCUUUUUGGGCUAGAGUUAAAGAUGAAUCAAUGCAUUUUCAAUCAAAUACAGCCAAAGAUGUCAAUUUUGGGGCAUCUUGGAUCAGUAAAACAGCUGUUAAAGCUGCUGAUGCUGUUUUGUCAACUUGUCCAUCUCCAUAUGAGAAAAGAUGCUUGCUGCAACUCCUUGCUGCUACUGAUUUCGGUGAUGGGGGAUUUGCGGCAACAUAUUAUCGACGUCUUUAUUGGAAAGUUAAUUUGGCUGAGCCAGCACUCAGUUGGGAGAAUGAUCUUGAUUUAGGAAAUGGGGCUCUGGACGAUGGCGCUCUUCUGACAGCUUUAGAGAAGAACAGGCAGUGGGAGCAAGCAAGAAACUGGGCCAAGCAACUUGAAACCAUUGGUGCCCCCUGGACAUCCUCUGUUCAUCAUGUUACUGAAACACAGGCAGAAUCCAUGGUUGCAGAAUGGAAAGAAUUCCUUUGGGAUGUUCCAGAAGAGAGAAUCGCAUUAUGGGGUCACUGCCAAACUCUGUUCAUCAGAUACUCUUUCCCUGCUUUACAGGCAGGUUUAUUUUUCCUUAGGCACGCAGAAGCAGUGGAGAAAGAUCUCCCUGCAAGAGAGAUCUAUGAGCUGUUACUGUUAUCCCUUCAGUGGUUGAGUGGGCUAACAACCUUGUCGCACCCGGUUUAUCCUUUGCAUCUUCUGCGAGAAAUCGAGACUAGAGUGUGGCUAUUGGCUGUAGAAGCAGAAGCACAUGUGAAAAACGUAGGAACAUUUAGUCCGAGUAGUAAUGGAAAAGACAUGGCAAAUGGAAAUAGUUCAAAUCUUAUAGACCGAACUGCAAGUAUCAUAACAAAAAUAGACAGCCAUAUUUCUUCAGCAACAAAAAACAAAAUUGGAGAAAAGCAUGACUCGAGGGCCCCUGGCCAAGCACAUCAAAGGAACCAAGACACAAGCACUUCAAUAUUUGGUGCCAGUACAAAGCCCAAGAGGAGAGCAAAAGGAAAUGUCCCACAAAGAAGACAUUUUGUGGAUUCUUCAGAUAGGAAUACUGAUUUUGAAGAUUCUUCAUCUCGUCAAAACAUCAAAAGCGAGUUCCAGCUUCAAGAGGAAAGCACGGGUUUGGAGAUAUCCUUAUCGAAGUGGGAAGAAAGUAUAGAACCUGCGGAGUUGGAAAGAGCUGUUCUGUCUUUACUGGAGUUUGGACAAGUGACAGCCGCAAAGCAGCUCCAACUUAAGCUUGCUCCAGGAAAUAUACCUUCUGAGCUGAUAAUCCUGGAUGCUGUUAUGAAGCUAGCAAUCCUUUCUACGCCGUGCAGUCAAGUACCAUUGUCAAUGUUGGAUGAUGAAGUUCGUUCUGUCAUUCAAUCACACAGUCUAAAAAUAGACAAACCUAUGAUUGAACCGCUGCAGGUUUUGGAGAGUCUAUCGAACAUUUUAAAUGAAGGCAGUGGACGUGGGCUGGCAAGAAAAAUCAUCGCAGUUAUAAAAGCUGCUAACAUACUGGGCCUUACAUUCACCGAGGCAUAUCAAAAACAGCCAAUAGAAUUGUUACGAUUGCUUUCUCUUAAAGCACAAGAUUCCUUUGAGGAAGCAUGUCUCCUUGUCCAAACACAUUCCAUGCCCGCUGCUAGUAUUGCUCAGAUACUUGCAGAAUCCUUUUUAAAGGGUUUACUGGCAGCUCAUCGUGGAGGAUAUAUAGAUUCUCAAAAGGAGGAAGGCCCUGCUCCGCUUUUGUGGAGAUUUUCAGACUUUUUGAAGUGGGCGGAGCUUUGUCCAUCUGAACAAGAAAUUGGUCAUGCCUUAAUGCGUCUUGUGAUUACUGGGCAGGAAAUACCACACGCGUGUGAGGUUGAGCUACUUAUUCUGUCUCAUCACUUCUACAAGUCAUCCACGUGCCUUGAUGGAGUUGAUGUUCUUGUGGCACUUGCUGCCACUAGGGUCGAGGCUUAUGUUGCCGAGGGCGAUUUCUCAUGCCUGGGUCGUCUAAUAACUGGAGUCGGAAACUUUCGUGCUCUUAAUUUCAUUCUCAAUAUUCUAAUCGAAAAUGGGCAACUCGAUCUUUUACUACAAAAAUUUUCUGCUGCUGCUGAUGCAAACACUGGCACUGCCCAGGCUGUCAGAAGUUUCCGGAUGGCUGUUCUGACCUCGUUGAAUCUCUUUAACCCAAGUGACCAUGAUGCAUUUGCAAUGGUAUAUAAACACUUUGACAUGAAGCAUGAAACGGCUGCUUUGCUAGAGGCACGUGCAGAUCAGGCUGCACAGCAGUGGUUUCAACGGUACGACAAGGAUCGUAAUGAAGAUCUCCUUGAUUCCAUGCGCUAUUACAUUGAAGCUGCUGAAGUUCACACUUCAAUUGAUGCUGGAAACAAAGCACGAAAGGCUUGUGGUCAGGCUUCACUUGUCUCCCUUCAAAUAAGAAUGCCAGAUUCCAAGUGGCUCUGUUUAUCUGAAACAAACGCCAGAAGAGCACUUGUUGAUCAAUCACUUCCAAGCGAAUGGGCGCUUGUACUUUGGAAUCUAAUGCUCAAACCCGAACUAGCGGAAGAGUUUGUGGCUGAAUUUGUAGCGGUGCUUCCUCUCCAGGCUUCAAUGCUUCUGGAACUGGCUAGAUUCUACAGAGCAGAAAUGGCAGCUCGAGGCGACCAAUCUCAAUUCUCAGUCUGGCUCACAGGAGGAGGUUUACCAGCUGAGUGGGCCAAAUACAUGUGGAGAUCAUUCAGGUGUUUGUUGAAGAGAACACGGGACUUGAGGUUACGGUUACAGCUUGCUACAACAGCGACAGGAUUCUCUGACAUGGUCGAUGCRUGUAUGAAUGCGUUGGAUAAGGUCCCGGAAAAUGCCGGACCACUUGUACUCAAGAAAGGACAUGGAGGAGGAUACUUACCACUCAUGUGA